AUGCACAACCUACCUAUUGUGCGAAAUGCGAGCUUCGUCCGCAGUAUCCCAAGUCUAGCAAUAAAAUUGGUACGGCUUCCGGCACUACUGGGUGCUGCGACUAUCAGUGGCCUAGCAUAUGUGCAGUAUCAAGCAGGACAAGCAGCGAACUAUGGGAAGGACUUGGCAACGAAGGGUGCCGGGGAGGUCUUGGGGGGGGCAAAGAGCUUUGCGGAGCGAAUGGGCAGUGGAUGGGACAAGACAAAAGAGCAAGUUGAAAUGCCAGUAUGGCUGCAGGAGAUGUUUCAGAAAGGCGAGAACAGCGCUGGAGCUGGAGAGCCGCCGAAUCCGGGAGGUGGUCCCCGGGGUAAAAGCAGCGCCGGUGCAGCAAUGGCUGCCGGAACAGGAGCCGCUUUGGGGUACACGCAGAGUGACGAACUGGAUGAGAGGAGUGGAACACAGGUGGCUAGAGAUGAUCAAAUGAUGCUACUGACGAAGAAGAUGAUUGAGAUCAGGAGCAUCUUGCAGCAGGUUGGACAAUCGGACACCUUGGUCUUGCCAUCUAUCGUGGUCAUCGGUUCACAGUCAUCUGGCAAGAGCUCCGUGCUUGAGGCUGUAGUUGGACAUGAGUUCCUGCCAAAAGGAUCAAAUAUGAUUACAAGAAGACCGAUCGAGCUCACGCUUGUGAACACGCCGGAAGCCCAAGCGGAAUAUGGUGAAUUUCCCGCUUUAGGCUUGGGCAAGAUCACCGAUUUUGCUCAGAUUCAGAAGACGCUGACUGACCUCAAUCUGGCCGUACCUGCCGAGCAAUGUGUCUCCGACGAUCCCAUCCAGCUGAAAAUUUCAUCGCCAAACGUCCCUGAUCUGUCUCUAAUCGAUCUUCCUGGCUACAUACAAGUAUCGGGCCUCGAUCAGCCGACGGAAUUGAAACAGAAAAUUGCCGACCUCUGUGACAAAUAUAUACAGCCUCCGAAUGUCAUUCUCGCUAUCUCUGCUGCCGACGUGGAUCUAGCCAACUCAACGGCCCUACGAGCUAGCAGAAGGGUAGAUCCGAGAGGAGAACGGACGAUUGGUGUGGUCACUAAAAUGGACCUUGUAGAAGCCGAGCGUGGAGCAAGCAUGCUCGCAGAUCGGAAGUAUCCAUUACGGCUUGGCUAUGUGGGAGUUGUCAGCCGAGUACCUCAACAGACUGGCCUCUUCUCCCGUGGAAGUGGCAACAUAACCACUGCAAUAACCCGGAAUGAAAACUCCUACUUCUCUUCUCACCCCCUCGAGUUUGGACCCGAAUCUUCCCUUGCCGUCGGCACUACAACUCUUCGCAAGAAACUCAUGCAUGUUCUUGAACAGACCAUGGCGGCUUCCCUGGCCAGCACCUCAGAAGCCAUCCGCCAAGAGCUGGAAGAAGCAACGUAUGAGUUCAAGGUCCAAUACAACGACCGUCCCCUAUCCGCGGAAUCCUACCUCGCAGAAAGCCUCGAUGCCUUUAAACACUCCUUCAAAGAGCUCUCCGAAUCAUUUGGCCGACCCCAAGUCCGAGAACUUCUAAAGGAAGAACUUGACCAGCGCGUUCUCGAUCUACUCGCCCAACGCUACUGGAACAAACCUGUCACUGACCUUACCCCCCACUCCCCGACCCGGAACCUCUCUCCGAUCUCCCCAAAGCCGCCCUAG